AUGCCUAGCAGCACUAUACUUCACCUUGCUGCUUUUGCAACAGGAUGCAUCGCUGGUGCAGGGGCUGUAUGGACUGUUACUCGCACCAAGCAUACCCGCGUAGACGUUGCCAGACCCAGCGAUACAUACCCUCAACCAAAGAUUGCUAUUCUUCCAAAACCUUCAACUGAUGUGGUCAUUAACCCUCCGACCGAUGUGCUCAAGUAUGGACAUCCAGGCCCCAUCUCAGACAUCCUCCAGCGUACGGCUUAUGCUGCAAGGUACGACCGCAAACUGCGUCAUCCCGCCUGGACAGCCGAGCAUCUCACCCUGGCAUCCCUGGGCAAGGGCCCCACCAGGCUCGGUGACGACUCCGGGCGAGGGGAUCGUGGAAACUCCCAAUUCAAAGAAGACGAGAGCCUGCCGGAGAUGUUCCGGGCUAAGCUCUCGGACUAUUUUAGGAGCGGAUACGACAGGGGUCAUAUGGUGCCUGCUGCAGAUGCGAAGAUCUCCCAGGCAGCAAUGGACGAGACAUUUUUACUAUCAAAUAUCGCACCGCAAGUAGGCGCAGGCUUCAAUCGACAUUACUGGGCAUACCUCGAGGACUGGUGUCGUCGGCUCACAUCCUCCUUCUCCGAUGUCUUUGUGUUCACCGUUCCCCUCUACCUACCGCAUCAAGACCCGGAUGGCAAGUGGCGUGUGUCAUACGAAGUCAUCGGCACCCCAGCGAACGUCGCCGUCCCCACACACUUUGCAAAAGUUGUGCUUGCCUCUCGCCCCCUCUCCCCUGUCACACCAAACAUCUUAGAACUCUCUCUCGGUGCAUUCGUACUUCCCAACGCCCCUAUCCCCGACAACGUUCCCCUAGAGAGCUUCUCCGUGCCCGUGGAGACCGUCGAGCGAGCUGCAGGGCUCACUCUCUUCUCGACCGAGGUGAAAAAGGAGAGCAAGCAUAUUUGCAGAACAGCAAAAUGUGAGGUUAUCGUAAGGAGGUUUGAUGAUGCCCAGAAAACGGUGCAGGGAGGAGGGGGCAAGCCAUUGAGGAUUGGACCCCCUCAGGGAAAGUAG